UGCUUGCUUGCUUCGAGCGACCGACCCCAGAGCAGUCCCAACCCAGCCCCGAUCUCGCUCGCUCCCACCCAGUCUGUCGCUUUAGUAAAGCUUUCCGUCCUCCGCACGCCCUCGUCCUCCUUGACUCCCUUCUCUUCACUACCAUCACUCCACUGCCCUUUGUCGCUGCUCUCCACAUAUCCCUUCAGCGACGAAUUUGUAGCGGGGAGGCAGCACACACUUGGCGAGCAAGCACCUUUAUACCAUCCACUCCAUUCGUAUCACUCCACCCUCCGGCGGCGAGUAGGCUCAACAAAGUAGGCAAAGGCAGAUUAGCCGGCGCGCACACACACCACAACACCAUCCUUGCUCUCUUGUAAGUCAUCUUCACCCACGAUGUCGACUCAGAAGAACUUCGAUGGCGAGGAGGUCCUGCCUGGAUACAGAGGCAACCUCGAUGACCACCAGCAAAAGUGCCUGCGUGAGAUGUACAAGCGCUUCUUUGAACUGCAGGAGAAGAACAAGAAGAUCUCAGAAGACCUCGAAAAGCAGGGGGGUCCAACCAAAGCCAAGGGCGGACGACCUGCUCCCAGCAAAGAUGACAAGGAGGCUGGUAAAGACAUCCCCAAGGGUGACGCUGCCAAGGAGGAGGCAAAGAAGGCCGAGGAGAUGAAGGAGAUGAACCAGUUCCUCGACAAGUACGGCGGCCCUUACCUCAAGAAGGCUGUCUGGGAGUUCUGCAAGCACGACCAUCCCGACGCUGCGAUGCUCCGUUUCCUUCGAGCGAGAAAGUGGGACAUCGACCGAGCUCUUGCUAUGCUUGCUGCCGCUCUCAAGUUCCGUUUCGAGAUGGACGUCGAAGGCAUCAUCACCAAGGGUGAGGAGGGUCUCAAGGACGUGCCCGGCUUCCUCAACCAGUUCCGACGUGGUAUUUCGUACAUUCAGGGCAACUCGAAUCGCCCGGGAGAGUACCCGAUCUACUUCAUUCACGUCGCCCGCCACUUCACCAACGCUCAGAAGCACGAGGUGCUGCAGCAGUUCGUCCUCUUGGCCAUGGAGAAUGCUCGUCAGCUUACCACGCCUCCGUACGAGAAGGCUGUCGUUGUCUUCGACAUGAACGGUUUCGGUCUCAAAAACAUGGACUGGCAGUGUGUCUUGUUCCUCGUCAAGUGUCUCGAGGCCUACUACCCGGAGUCUCUGCAGCGCAUUUACGUCCACGGCGCUCCCUGGAUCUUCAAGGGUAUCUGGCAGGUCCUCCAGCCCAUGCUUGACCCCGUUGUCCGUGACAAGAUCAAGUUCUCCAGCAAGGCGCACGAGCUUGCAGACUACAUCCCGGCCGAGAAGCUUCGUAUCGGAAUGGGCGGUACGAUGGACUGGGACUGGGACUACAUCGAGCCCGAGCCGAAUGAGAAUGACAAGCUCAAGGACACCGAGACCGUUGAGGCCAUCAAGAAGCAGUACAUGGACCUCGCGACCGAGUACGAGAACCUCACAAAGGAGUGGAUCGAUGCCGGUGACAAUGACGAUGACGCUCCUGACCUCACGUACAAGCGUGAGGUCGUAGCCAAGAAGCUUCGUCUCGUUGCUCUCCAGGGUACGCCUUACCUGCGAGCCAAGAACAUCUACCAGCGUGUCGGCAUCCUCAAGGACGAGCACCACGUCAACUGGGAGUACCCCCAGAAGGACGGUGAGGUCAAGAAGCAGUCCGUCAAUGACAAGCACGACAUUCCCUCGCUCAAGAAGUGGCUUGAGGACAACGAUGAGGACAACCUCGAAGACACCGUCGUCGGUCGUCUCGGCGCCUGCGGCACUGAGGCCAAGGGUGGCCACGCCGGCACCAAGUCGAAAGGCAAGAAGGGCAGCAGCAACGGUGCUGCAAGCAAGGACAAGGACGCCGGAUCCAAGAAGAGCAACGGAACUGCAGCCGCUGGUGGUGCCGCUGGGGGCGCUGCAGCUGGCGGUGCUCUUGGCACCAUUGCCGCCAAGGCUAAGAAGGCUACACCUCUCAAGAAGAAGAAGGAGCCCGAGCCGGAACCUGAGCCUGAGCCGGAAGAGGACGACGACGACGAUGAAGAGGAGGAGGAAGAAGAAGAGGAGGAUGAAGAUGAGGAAGAGGAGGAAGAGGAGGAGCAGAAGCCCGCUCCCAAGUCGAAGGGUGCCAACGGCUCUGCCAAGGGCGGCAAGGCUCAGAACGAGAACCAGGACGAGCAGACUUACACCGGUGCUGCCAUCGGCGCCGUUACUGGCGCAGCCGCCGCCGCUGGCGCUACUGCCGCUGGCGCCGUCAACUACCUCCGCGGCAGCUCUCAAGAUGAGCAAGACGGCGCGACUGAGGACGGAGCCAAGUCCAAUGGUGCCACUGCCACUCGUGGUGCCAACGGCCGCAAGCAGAAUUAUCGUGAGCCCGAGCCUGCUCCCGAAGAGGAAGAGGACGAGGAAGACUACGACGACGAGGAGGAUGAGGAUGAGGACGCCGGCUCGGACUAUUCGGACGACUCAAUCACUCCCGAGACCAACGUCGCCGUGGACUUCAUCAACCCCAAGGGUGUCAAGGCCUCUGAAGUCAAGAUCGAUGACAAUGACUGCCGCGAGGACCUGGCUACGGUGCGCGAGGCCAUGAAUCUCUUCCUUAACUCCCGCAUGAAGGAGGCUGAAGAGCUCUGCCGCGAGGGCGCUGAGAACCGCCUCUACAAGGCCGAGGGCAUGGCUCUGAUCAACACGGUCAAGGCAGUCAUGACCUUCGAGCCCUCCGACUUCGAGACGGCUAUUCUCUGCUGUAAGCACUCGAUGAACAUUGCCUCGCACCUCCGCAAGAAACAAGGUACCGUUGGUAAGCUCAUCGGCGGCGGCAAGCAAAAGGCCUUCCAGAAGAUGAGCCUUGUCGAGCAGCACGCCGAGCUCGUAUUCGCCGAGUCGCAGCUCCUCAAGUGCGUGCUGGGUAUCUUCUACGCCGGUGACGCUGUUGCAUUCGUCAAGCAUGCCCUUGGCCUGCGCUCCUCGUACUUCGUCAUGAGGGACCUCCUCGAGUUCGUUGAGUACUGCGAUGGUGAGGCUGAGGAAGCUCAGAUCAGCGGCCGCCGCGCCAAGUACAACGUCGACCAGGACUUCCGCUCCGGUGUCUACGUCGGCAACGCCACUUGCUCGCUCGUCCUCUCGAUGCUGCCCAAGCGCGCCCUCAGCCUCAUGGAGGGUUUCGGCUUCGUCGGUGACCGCAAGUUCUCCCUCGAUCUCUACUCGCGAGCCGGUGGCUGGUCCAAGAACAAGCCCCUGCCCACCAUCUCCGCAGAGGCUGAGGGUGUCCGUCGUCCGUUGUGCGACAUUGCCAUCCUCGUUUACCAUCUGACGAUCUCGCAGUACAUCCCGCUCACUGACGUCGACAUCGAGUUUGCCGACAAAGUCCUCUCGUGGAACCUUGUCCGCUUCCCCAGCGGUAUCUUCUACCUGUACUUCUCGGCCAAGCUGUACGCCGCCCAAGCCCUGCCAGAGAAGGCUAUCGAGUACUACAGGAACGCCAUCGAGAGCCAGAGGGAGUACAAGCAGCUCCACCACAUGUGCUUCUGGGACUUGGCUAUGACGUACCUCUCGACGUGCGACUACGCUCGCGCUCACGAGUGCUAUGAUGUCCUCUCGCGCGAGUCGAACUGGUCCAAGUCCAUCUACCAGUACGCCAAGGCCGUCAUGCUCUACGAGACGGGCAUGGACGACCGAGCAAAGAGCGCUACGGUCAUGCGUACGGUUCCCAAGGUCGUCAAGAAGAUCGCUGGCCGUCAGAUCCCCUUCGAGCGCUUCGCCGUGCUCAAGGCCAAGAAGUACGUUGCCAACAGCAACCGUCUUCCUCUGCCUGCCCUCGAGUUCUCGUACCUCUGGCACUGCAUGAGCCAGAUGCCAGUCUUCCUCAUGGUCGAGCAGACGCUCACGCGCAUCGACGAGUUCAUCGACGACCUCGAGACGUACCACGACCCCAAGACGUACCCUGGCGGCGAGUCAGAAUUCUACGGAGCCUACUGCAUCUCCUACUUCCUCCGCGGUGUGGCCCUCACGCACGUCGCCUACCCUCCUGCCCACACGCUGGUACGCCUCCCCGCCGACGACUCGAUUGGAUCCCUCGACGACGUCGAAAAGGACGCCGUCGGGUCCUUCGAGAAGGUCUUCAAGUGGGCCCACAAGCUCGACGAGGUGGACCGCUACGUGUGCUACUUUGCCCACUACGAGUUUGGUCGCCUCCUCGCUGCGAUGAACAAGCCGGACGCCGCUCGCCUCGAAUUCAAGAAGGUGCUCAGCGGCAAGCCUCUCGAGGCAAAGGGCAAGGGCGGUCUCACAGGCAGCGCCAAGGCCUCGUACCUCAUGAGCAACAUGGCCCAAGUACGAUCCCACGCCGCCCUCGAGACGCAGCGCAUCAACUCGAACAGGUCGCGUGGCUCCUUCUUCUCUGACUCUGGUUCGUCGGCCGCCGGCUCCUCCAUCGGCGGCAACUCGACGUCGAGGUCUGCCUCGAUGUCGUCGCGCGGCACCUCUAUGACCUCGUCGCGUAGCUCGAGGGCUUCGCCUUCUGUGGGCGGCACAAAGAAGCUCACCAGGGACGGCACGUCGAGGAGCAACAGGCAAUCGUCCCUUGCCGCCUCAGACUACACGGGCACGACAGGGCGAAGGCGUUGAGCUCGAGUGAGCGCGUCGUCAAAUGAUCGAUGGCUCUCGGAGCGAUCGCUAGGACUUUGCAGCGUGUCGUGUCGUGGAAUACCCCCUCUAGUCGUGAGGAGAUGUGGACAGAAAACCAGAAAAUCACCAUAUGAGCUCCCAGUCUCCUGUUUCUCCUUUAUUCGUUGAUUCAAUC